UUCCCGUGACGAGCCAAAAGAAAGAACCUUUGUACGGACUAAUGAAUUUGAGGGAAAGUAUUUACCCCGCCCUGGCCACCCUUGCUACCUUUGCUACCCCGGCUUGCCUGCAUAGCAGUCUUUUCCGUUUCCUUUCAGGCAAGCGGGAGUCGCGCGAGGGCACGAGGACAGAGGUAACAAAAAUUAGCGACUUCCCCUUGGCUCUCGCUUUCUCCCUCUAAGAGGAAACGGAAAAGACUGCUUCGCAGGCUAACCCUGGCCAUCCUUGCAUGCUACCCUUGCCAUCCUACUUACCUUCGCCACCCAGCAAUCCUUAUUAUGCCGGCCGUCCCAGCCACCUCGGCCAUCCUUGUUAGGAUUAGCAUUAGCUGCCACCUUCACCACCCUUGCGACACUGCGGUGCCUUUAAUGUGUCAACCACGUGACUAAUCAAACGGAGGCUCUGGGGACCAGAAACCUGAGCUAUGAGAAGUACAGUACACAACAAAUAUCAUAUUUGAAGUACCUACGACUAAGUACAAUGGCGGCACGGCUGCGCUCCACUUUGGUUCGUUUCUUCUUGAAAGAUGUUAUUGCUGGUUCCAAUGCUCCAAAGGUAACUGUUCCUAACGGAGUUGUGUUGCUACAUCAGCCCCCCAUCUCUGACGGUGUUCCAAUGAUUUCCAACUUUGCACUGAAGUUGGAAACCUACCUUCGCAUGGCAAAUAUCCCGUACAAGAAUUCAUUCGUGCCAAAAAUGUCCUCCAAAGGGAAAAUACCUUGGAUCGCAUACAACGGGAAAAGGAUACCAGAUUCUAACUUCUGCAUUGCUUUUCUAAACGAGGAAUUCAAGGUGGAUCUAGAUGAAAAGUUAAACAAAACAGAGAAGGCUGUUUCUCACGCCAUCAAGACCAUGGUUGAAGAGAAUAGUUAUUGGACAUUGGUAUAUUAUCGGUGGAUAGAUAGUACAGAAUACACGGCAGAGCUUUUCUUUCCAAAAUUAUCACAACGAAAAAGGGACUUUUUCUUCCCAAUGUUCCAGAAACAAUCAAAAACUUCAUUAAAUGGUCAUGGCAUGGGCCGUCACAAGAAAGAUGAAGUUUAUGCCAUUGCUAAGAAAGACUUGCAGACUUUGUCUGAUUAUUUGGAAGCUAAACCAUUUGUCAUGGGUCAGGAGCCCACACAAGUGGAUGCGUCAGUGUUUGGCUACCUGGCACAAAUUGUGUGGCAAGACAAAGACUCUCCACAGCAUGCCACUGUUCAUAGUGAGUUCAAGAAUUUGAUUGGUUACUGUGAGAGGAUGAAGGAGAGAUACUGGUCAGACUGGGACGAGGCAAUUGCUCAUAGGAAAAAGUUCCACUCUGAGUCAUGAGGAACAUGUUGUUCUUUGUUUUCAUUAUCAACAAUUCACUUCCAUUGAACUUGACUUGCACUCACCAGGAUUCACACCAACUUGUGCAUCAUGUAACAAAGGGUAGGUUGCUUUAUGAUUGUACUUGAUCUGACUUCACAACUGUUACAUUUUAGCUUCACAUGAAACUGUCAACAUGCCUUUAUGCACAGUUGGAACCAAUCAAACCAUUAUCAAAAGUAUGUUAUUUUGUUCUUGAAAUAAUAGCAUUGCAACUAAGUGUAACUGAUAUGAGGAAGUUUUCCCAAUAAAUUUUGGAAAUUUUAA